CGCCCAAAAUCAAAUGAACUCAAUCUACGCCCACGAAAAAUUUGAUCUUUAAACAUCAUCUCUUCUUGUAACGGCUAUUCUCUCUUCAAUUUCAAAUUUCACUCUUCAAGAAAAAACAACUUUCUCCUUUUAAUGUCUCAAUCAUCUUUAAUCACCUCAACAAGAAAUCUUUCCAUAUACAUACAAUACACACACAAUAUGUAAUAGUCAAGAAACUUUGAUUCACACUAUAAUCUGUAUAAUUCAUCGAGAAACUUUCUGGGCUUCUUUAGAAACAUGGGUUUAACACCAAAACCCCAUGUGAAUUCAACCCCAUCCGGGUCGUCAAGAACCAACCCGACCCAUGUUCAUUCCAAUUCAAGAACCCCCAAAUCAAAGCACAACUUGAAUUUCAAUCUCACAAAGCCCACUCCAAACCCUAAAGAAACCCUUCUUUCUGAUCACCCAGUUGAGGUAAUUGCAAGAAUCAGAGACCACAAUGAGAAGAAACAAAACCCCAUUUCAGCAUUGAUUGUUAAUUCCGGUCAAAACUCGAUUCGGGUCAGGACUGAAUUUGGGUACAGAGAUUUUGGUCUUGAUGGGGUGUCAUUGUCUGAAAAUGAGAAUCUUGAUGUGUUCUAUAAGAGUUUUGUUGAGUCAAGAAUUGAUGCUGUGAAAUUAGGGGAUAAAUGUACUAUAAUGAUGUAUGGACCGACUGGUUCGGGGAAGAGUUAUACCAUGUUUGGGGGUCAUAAGCAGCAAGGGAUUGUGUAUAGGUCUUUACGGGGUAUUUUGGGAGGUGGGGAUGAAGAGGGUGAUGGGAAUAUUAAGAAGGCUGGGAGUUUUGUUCAGGUGACUGUUCUGGAAAUUUAUAAUGAGGAGAUUUAUGAUCUGUUGUCGAGUAAUGGUGGUGGAGGGUUUAGUCUUGCUUGGUCGAAAGGCAAUGCAUCUAAGGUCAGACUAGAAGUAAUGGGGAAGAAAGCGAGAAAUGCAACUUUUAUAUCUGGAAAUGAGGCUGCGAAGAUAUCAAAGGAAAUACAGAAAGUGGAGAAGCGCAGAAUUGUGAAAAGCACUCUCUGUAAUGAGAGAAGCUCUCGAAGCCAUUGCAUGAUUAUUUUGGAUGUUCCAGCAGUUGGAGGACGUCUUAUGCUUGUUGAUAUGGCAGGUUCUGAAAAUAUUGAACAGGCUGGACAAACUGGGUUGGAUGCGAAAAUGCAGACGGCAAAAAUCAACCAGGGGAACAUAGCUCUGAAGCGUGUCGUAGAGUCCAUUGCCAACGGUGAUUCUCACGUACCAUUUAGAGAUAGCAAACUAACAAUGCUUCUCCAGGAUUCUUUUGAGGAUGAAAAAUCUAAAAUCCUGAUGGUAUUGUGCGCGAGUCCCGAUCCGAAGGAGAUGCAUAAAACCAUUGCAACAUUGGAAUAUGGGGCCAAGGCGAAAUGCAUUGUACGUGGCCCUCAUACGCCAAUCAAAGAUAAAGGUGCUGAAGAUUCUUCAUCAGCAGUUAUUUUAGGCUCAAGGAUUGAUGCUAUGGAUCAGUUCAUAUACAAGCUGCAAAUGGAGAACAAGAUUAGAGAGAAAGAGCGUAAUGAUGCCCAGAAAGAGCUUAUGAAGAAAGAAGAGGAGAUUUCUGCACUGAGAGCCAAACUUACAAGAGUGGAAGAGAAAGAUCCAGUAACAAACGAAGAGGAGGUAAUUAGUUUAAAGGUAAAUGAACAGACAGCGAUACUGAAAAUCGAGUUGGAGGACAAGAUACAGGAAUGCCAGAGAAUGGCAGAUACACUAGUUGAAAUGGAAAGGAGGAAAAUGGAAGAAAAGAUUUUGCAACAGCAGCAGGAACUCGAAGUAUUGAGGCAACGGUUGGAGGAUAUUGAAUCAGAGUUACAGAACUCCAAAGAGAAAAACAGACCAGUGGAGUUGGAGAAAUGCAACUUUGCAAAGAAACUGUUAGAGAUUUAUACCGAUGAAGAUCCAGGGAUGGAGAAAUCAAUGGAUUUGGACAAGUCACUGGACUUUGACAUGGUGGUAACUCAUAAAAUAGAAAAUAACAUUGCUGAAGCUAUGAUAGGCACAUGUCUGAAUAUGAGCAACUCUAGCUGUGAUGAAGCUGUUAAUCAGGAUUUAAGUGCCUCAAAUUUUACAAACAAGACAUGUUUAAGCACUGUGUAUGAGGACGAGGAGGAAGAAAUCGAUGAGGAUGAUGGCAAAGAAAAUCUGGUUGAUGAAGUGCAGAAAGAGGUAAUACAGGAAAAGACAGUGUAUACUACUGCAGAAGGACCUCUUCUUGAUCAGAAUUCAGCUCCGUCUAAGCCGCGCUCUGCACUAGCACCAUUGGCUAGCCAAGAUACAUCUGUUGCUAGGCAAAAGAGGAUCCAAAAUAUCUUUACACUCUGUGGAAGUCACAGAGAGUUGUCUCAUCACAAAACCUCAUCUAUUCCUGCCAGAGGUGUAUCCCAGGAGAGUCAGCAAUGGUAGUUGACACAGCUGUUCUUUUCUUUCUUGUUUUGGUUUGUGUAAAGUUGCUUUUGGUUUGAGGAUUCUUUUUCUGUUGCUUUGUUGAUUUGAGAUCUUCUGAUAUUGAGCCUGGUUUUCUUA